UCAUUUCUUGCAGCGUGUCAACUUUUUUACCAGCGUGAAAUAUGAUUCGUGUUUAGAAGCUCCACGGCAGCAGAAGCAGCAGCAGCAGCAGCACAUCGGGUUCAUCUCUCCCAGGGAGGACUCCAGCUCCUUAUACGGUUCGGUGGGGCACCUCGCAUCCGGCAGCACCAGGGACCAGAAGCGUGUGUGUGUGUGUGUUUGAGUGUGCGCGCUCAGAGAGACACACACACACGCACACUUCCACUAUGCGCUGCUCCUGAGCAGGCGACCAGCCCUUCCACUCGCAGCCCCACUUCAGACCCACACCAUGGGGAGUCCCGGAAACAGCACCGACGUCCCCAAGAACUCCUCCGACCCGUUCGCGCGCAACGAGGAGGUGGCCCAGAUGGAGAUCCUGGUGCUGAGCGUCACCUUCGUGGUGGCGGUGGUGGGCAACGUGAGCGUCCUGCUGGCCAUGCACAACACCAAAAGGAAGAUGUCUCGCAUGCACCUCUUCAUCCGCCAUCUGAGCCUGGCUGACCUGGUGGUGGCCUUCUGCCAGGUGCUGCCUCAACUCUGCUGGAAGAUCACGUACCGCUUCUACGGGCCGGACGUCCUCUGCCGCGUCGUCAAGCACCUACAGGUGACGGGCAUGUUCGCGUCCACCUACAUGAUGGUGAUGAUGACGGUGGACCGCUACAUCGCCAUUUGCCACCCGCUCAAAACGCUGCAGCAGCCGACGCGUCGCUCGUGCGUCAUGAUUGUGUCGACGUGGACGUGCAGCCUGGCGCUCAGCGUGCCGCAGGUCUUCAUCUUCUCCCUCAGCGAGAUCCAGAACGGCACCGGGGUCUACGACUGCUGGGCGCACUUCGUGGAGCCGUGGGGCGCGCGCGCCUACAUCACCUGGAUCACCGUGGGCAUCUUCCUGGUGCCCGUGGUCAUCCUGGUGGUGUGCUACGGCUUCAUCUGCCACAGCAUUUGGAGGAACAUCAAGUACAAGAAGAGGAAGACCGCCGCCGGCAAGGACGGGCUCAUAGGCAAGAACUCGGUGAGCAGCGUCACCACUAUCUCCAGGGCCAAGCUGAGGACCGUCAAAAUGACCCUCGUCAUCGUGCUGGCCUACAUCGUGUGCUGGGCGCCCUUCUUCAUUGUGCAGAUGUGGUCGGUGUGGGACGACAACCUCCAAUUUGCCGAUUCCGAGAACACGGCGGUGACGCUGUCGGCGCUGCUGGCCAGCCUCAACAGCUGCUGCAACCCGUGGAUCUACAUGAUCUUCAGCGGCCACCUCCUGCAGGACUUUGUGCACUGCCUGCCCUGCUGCCAUCGCAUGAAGGCGGACUUCCGCAAGGAGGACUCAGACAGCAGCCUCCGGAGGACCACGCUGCUCACCAAGGCGACCAAUCGCAGCCCCACGGGCAGUUCUGUCAACUGGAAGGAGCUAGACAAUUACCCCAAGUCUUCCGCUCAGGCUGAGUGAACGUGCAGCCUGGCAACUGCUUUAUGGGCAUGUGGAAUGGAAAAUUGAAGGUACACAAACACAGAAGGGGCAUGCGCGACAAAAGGAGUGCGAAUGGGGACGCCGAAUCAGACUGUUUGGUCUGUCGUGCCCACCAGGAUGUUGGAGACAAUUGGGGGAAAUAAGACAAAAGACCCAUUAAUAACGCCACUAAUACAUCAUGGUGUCAUAUCUCCACAAGGCUUUUUGCAGCAUUCCGUCGUAUCUUCAUAUCUCACAUGAAUGAUGUUCCCUUGUUGUCGUGUGAAUGCUGAGAGGCGGCCGGCCGUGCUAUUAUUUAAAGGCUACUUAUUUCAUUAGCCUUUCUUCCUGGUUCUUUGCAUCACAUUGCUACUGAAUAAUAAUAAUAGUAGUCACACAAUUAUUAUUAUAUUAUUAUAUUAAUUGUGUAGAAGUGAAAGCAAAGCUUGUGUGAGUGAGAAGAAUGAAUCCAUUGUGUGCCUGCCUCUUCUAAUGGUAUUUUUGUGGUGCAACUCUGAUUGUGCUAUAUGAGUGUGUGAUGUUGGGAGGUGUAUUAUGAAGGCCUCUAUGGGAAGCUAGAAUGAGGUCAAAUAAUAAUAAUAAUACUAUAUCAGUGAUGAAAUUCCAUCAUUUUUCCACAAGAAUACCAAGUAAAUCACGCUGCAGUAAUAUAAACACUGUUAAAGUGCUUAUUUUGUUUCACUCAGUUGUCGAGAUUUUGAUGCUAGUUUUCUUCUUGUACCCUAAAUGCUGUCAAAAUGGCCGUUUUUUUUUUCAUUUUUAUUUUUUUUACUAAAACCACUCUGGGUUGAAGUGAAGCCAAUUUUUCAGAAAUUUGGGAACUCCAUUUUAUCAAGUUAAUUUCUUACCUUUAAAAAUGAUCUGGAGUGCAUGAGAAAGUAGAAAAAGAAAACAUCAUUCUCUUUCACCACAUGGUCGUUUAUGGACAAGUAUGUCGCAUAGUACAGCAGCAACAGGAGUGCCCAAGCCAGCAUUAAUUGUGUGUUGAAGGAGUCAUUGGGUUUUCUAACUACAGUAUAUGAGAUUUGCCUCUGAAUAGGCAUAAACAGCAACAUUUACGGUAAUAUUAUCUGUCCACUUUUUUUUUUUUACCACAUAACAAUAGUAACAUAAUAAUAGCUCAUAAAAUUCAAACUCAAAGAACAAAAUGUGCCUGUCGCUCAGGAGCAGUGAGCAAUUACUUUUGCCGUACCAUCUCUUAUUGCCGGGGGGGCACAUAUUCCCAGUAUCUUGGAAUUGCUAUGACCCGCUGUGAUGUAUUUAUAUAUUUCUCCCAGCACUUACGGUCCCACUAUUCAUUUAUUUCUUUGGAAUUCUAGACCAGCGACAGCUUCUCUCAGUAUUCACACGCAAUUUUGGGAGGGGUGAGGGUGGGGGGGGACUGCAUCUACUGGUUGCUUAUGGGAGGGUACAUUCCAGCUUUCAGGAGCAAUUACAUCUGCAAAGCAGCGCAAGGCAGCUUGACCACCCUUUUUGCUGCCAAAGUGUUUACAAAGCGUUUACAAACCCCCAUAGCAGCCAUGAGGUGUUGAAAAGAACCGGACUGUGAGGCGAGGAAGACACCUCAUUCUUCUCAAUGAACAUUCAGAAACAUCUAAAGGGAUCUCUCCUUUGAAUGAUGGCCGCUUUUGAUUUACAGUUCCACGUUUUCUUCCCUUGAGACUUUGUUCAAGGUUUCGUUUCAUGUUGCAGCAGGGGUGCUUGUUUGCCAUUUGGUUUUCAUCUGGCUCCAAGCGCUGCGGGAGACCUAUGAAAGCGGUAAACAUCCAUCAGGAUGAUUUCAAGUAAGAAGAUGGGCCAUGGUCGGAGGAGUCCACACACCUCCCAUGGCUUACUCGGUGUCAGGGUUCACACAUUCCUCACACGCCACGUCAGCUUCUUUAAUGAAUGGCAUCCUGCCCCAAUAGCUGGCUGGGUGGUGUGACAGAAUGGGGGGGUGUGGUUUGGGCUUCAGUAUGAAUGUGUGCGGCAUGUCGCACUGUAAAUGAUGCGUAGUUCCAAAAGAAGUGUACAGUGCUGUGCAAAGGUCUUAGGCCAACGACCAUACAGUCCAACUCUCUAAAUAUUGAACAAAUGGGGUUCAAGCUCCAUGUUCCAUAGGACCUCAAAAGUCAAAACAAACUUUCUUCAUGAGCAAUCUUCCAUGACACGUCAGUAAAUCUCCUGAUUUUCAUUUUUAUUAAUGACAACCACAACACAAUGAAUCAGCAAUACAUAAUCAACAUUCAUUCAUUCAUUUUCUACCGCUUAUCCUCAUGAGGGUUGCAGGGGGGUGCUGGAGCCUAUCCCAGCUGACGAGAAGCGGGGUAAACCCUGGACUGGUCGCCAGCCAAUCACAGGGCACAUAUAGACAAACAACCAUUCACACUCACAUUCAUACCUAUGGACAAUUUGGAGUGGCCAAUUAACCUAGCAUGUUUUUGGAAUGUGGGAGGAAACCGGAGUACCCGGAGAAAACCCACGCAUGCACGGGGAGAACAUGCAAACUCCACACAGAGAUGGCCGAGGGUGGAAUUGAACCCUGGUCUCCUAGCUGUGAGGCCUGCGUGCUAACCACGCAUCCGCCGUGCAGCCCGCAAUACAAUUAAUCAACAUAAAUACACAUAAUAAUAAGAUUUAUUUUAAAAGAGGUUGACUACAGCCACAGCUGUUUUCAGUUUUUUAUUUUUAUAUUUUUGCAGAUGACACACCUGGAGACUACAAGAGAUUCUAUGAUUUUGGAAAAGAUCCGUUAAUUGGAACUUUCAUUCUUACCGUAUUUUUCCCUUCUUUGUCAAUACUCUCCCGUUUCAAAGGUUUCCCAUAUUUUUGCUGGUGGAAAUUUUUGUAGAAGAACCAGAAUUUUCCUUAUUUUCAAAUGCAAAUGUUGAUAGGUACGUGCUUAAUAGUUGCACCAUCGCUCAUCGGACUCAAACUCUUGCAAACUUCAUGCAACUUCUUUUCCCCAUAGUAUACAACUAUAUGGAUGGUUCCGUAUGAUGAUGCCAUUGUGUACAGCUUUAGCCAAACCCUUACCAAACUUCAAUGUGCUCUUCUUUGAUCUAUGGAAACCUGCCAAUGUCAAAGCAACUAUGGAAAAUGGUGGCCCAAGACUUUUGCACACUUACAGUCUAUAAAAUAUAUUUUCAUCUGUAAAAAGGAGUAAUAUAUGUCAGCUGUACGCCUCUGUAAAGGCUUUUGCCCAUGUGAAUACUUUGCAAAUAUAAGUUGGAAAUGUAUACGCUGGCUGGCUGACUUCCUGCUUUCGCACUCUAGUCACAAAUUGGAUCAUGGUGCAAUUUCACGGUCUUGUGUGAAAAGUUAACUCUGGCCAAUGAGCAUACAAGGAAUCAGCGCAGGUCUGUAUUUAUAAAACUGUUUGACCCUAGAGUGGCAAACGAUUGCGGAAGGGGAACAAUACUAGAAGCCAGACGGAAGCGAAGUCUCACUCUGCCAUGAUAAAACAAACCGCUAUCAGCCCAUUCAUCUGAACACAUACUGUCAUGGCCGCCUGUGUGAGCAGGUAGUAAAAUACAACACUACCAUGAUUUAUUCCCGAUGGACUACGCUCAAUUACAUUUUCAUUUCCUGUUUUGGUAGUUUCUUAGCUGUGGACGUACAGUGUGGUGGCGGGGGUUUCCUUCCAGUUGCCAAGCAACAGCCCCAAACAGUUCUCAUCAGCGCGUUGAUUGGGGAGAUUUGCAGGUCUUGAUGAUUUGACCUGAGGACAAGCCCGGUUUUGCUUUUGUCGUCCAUUACCGGCUGUGAUCCUUCAAACAUAGACUGCAGACUGGCAUUGGGUUUCCAGCAUUUCCUUGUGGAUAAUUUAGAUACCACAAAUCCUAAAAGGUGAAACUAAUCCAACAAUGAUAAUAAUGCAUUACUACCAGUAUGCCAUCCCAGUUCAAUAUGGGAAUUAUGUGAAUUGAUUGUGAUUGUGAUUCUCUAAUGAUUUUAUUUUGUUUUUUGGACACAAUCAUCAUUAUUCUAAGACUCCUCAUUCUCUAUGGGAGGUCCCGGAAAGACAAAAAAAACAUGGUGCAUUCACUCACUCGAAAGUACAUUAAUGAAGACAAGUUCAUUGAAUUAAUGCAAUUGCUCCUCCCACAAGCUGAUGAAUGAUAGCCAGCAAGGCUCGAUGGUGGCGUCGGCUGACAUGGAGGGAAUAGAACCACGGCAGUGACACCAACUCAUCCUGGCCAGCAAGGCUCAUUGAGGGGAUGGGGAGCGGGAGAAGGAAAUGCUGGCUGUCGUGUCACUGCAGCAUGAUGACCGUGUGUCCUCAUUUAGUUAAAAAAAUUGUUGCCGUAUUAGAAAUUUUAUUACAUGCUACAGUGAACAUCUGACAGCCAAUCAAACCGUGGGAGAAUCGCACAGCUCGCUAUGGAUCACUAACCAGUGGAGCUGGUCAGAGUCGCUCAUUGCCUCCUGUGUUUUUGCACAUCCGGAAAAUAUGAUACUCAAUUAAUUGAACCAACAACCUUCAGAUUAAUCGGCUAACAAAAUCAUCCUUAGUGGCAGCCCAUUACUAAUGUGAAUGAUCAGGACACGCAGUGGAAAUUAAUCUUGUCUAUUUUGGCGUGAACAUUCCACAUCCACCUUAAUGUGAUAAUGAGAUUUGUCAGUACGUAUACUGCGAGCAGCCAGCUUGUGUUUGUGUAUGCUGUCUGAUGUAUACCCCCCCCCCGACACUUCAUUAGCUACACCUGCAGGCGCUGUGCAUUCCAUGUUUAUUAAUAUGUCAAGGGUUGUAUAUAUAUAAUAUGUAAGGGUUGUGAAUGAUGGGCAAAAUUCCCCCAAAAGUAACCAUUUUCCACGUUCCAAAGUUUCCCAUUUCCCUUAACUCGACACCUUUACCAACUCCGAACAUUUGUCAAUGUUAUCUAGUGUACAUUUUGUAAAAUUGCAUUGAUUCCUGCUGAGAACUGUGUAAUAAUAUUAUUUAGCUACACCCGGGUAUUGUAAUAUUAGCUGUGAGGCGUUGUGGAGUCACCAUAAGAGCCCUGCUUCCAGCUCCCCACAGAAAGCCAUCAUCUCUCCACUAAAUAACAUCUCUGUGCCUCAGUAUAGCACCAACAAAUUAGAUCCUGGCAGCUCAUGCAGUACCUCUAUCCCCUCUGAUCCUCGUUUUUAAUCAUCUGGCUGCAGAACAUACAGGAGAGACUCUGGCGAAUAUAUCCCAGGAGUUCUGCAGGGUCAGUACUAUAGGUGCUAGCUAGCAUUCAGUCUAUACGGUGGAAGGGAAAGCCCAGUAAAGACAGAGCAAUCAUUGUGAGCAAUAAAACCAGCAUCAGGAUAAGGAGCUAUCCUUUAGGGAUCUUGAGGUUGCUACUGCUACCGAGGCGUUAUGGAAAAGGAUGUGGCGAAGGGGUCAUGGGGUCUUUGUAAGCUUGAUGGACAUAUGUGGAAUUCCCAGUCUUGCAGGCGCUCUGCAUCUCAUUAGGCAUGCCAGUCAUUAAGCUGCGGGGCCUGCCACGCUAUUACACGAUAUGGGCUAAGGUCAUCAGUCAACGUCGAGACUGAGUAAAUACCUCAGGAGGCAGUGAUGGAGCUUCUCUGUGGGAAAUAAUAAUGACUCCCCAGGGGAAGCGGACAGAAAAAUAUACGCUAGGCCCUAACAUAGGUUACACAAGCAUGAAAGUGUUUACUUGUUGACAACAUGCAAAAACAGGACAGGUUUCGUGUACUUAAAUAGGACCUAUACUGCUCAUUCUAUUGAGUUGUUGACUCCAAUAGAGCAGCUACACACAAUAACCUGCGUAGAAAGCUUUCUCCAUCUUCCAGAAUCUGCACCUAUUCCAGUUGUAUUUCCUUUGAUUUCCAAAAAGGGUCUGUUUCAAUUUAUUCCACCUCCAAGCACGUCCACUCCGCUGUGAUUGGUCCCACUCAGAUAAUGUACAGAUAACGGCUCGUACAGCUUGUACCCGGGCAUGCCCCUAUAAAGAAGUGUGGCUCACUGUGAUGUCACAGGGAGCAACAGUCUGAAACUCCUUCUGAAACUGAGCAUUCAGAGCCAACGUCUUUCAUGGCUCGCUUACAAAUGUACAAACCUCAUUAUCUAAAACUUUGUUUAACACGACAAUACAAAAACAAGAAUACGAAAAGAAGUUUGGCAUGGCUCUGAACUUCAGUUUCAGAGGUCGUUCUAACAAUGGUAGUUAUCUGUGUUUACGGUGUUAGCAGCGUGUCCCAGUGUUUCUUCGGGAAAGCUACAUUUAGGGGAAGCACAACAUCUCAUAAAUACGACUGGAAUAAAUUCUGGAAGUUCUAGAAAGCGCUCUAUGCUGGUUAUUGUGUGGAGCUGCUCUAUAGGAGCACAUAUUAGUCCAUACAUAUUAGCACAUAUUAGUCCACAACUCAAAACAAAGGGCUGAAAAUUUUUCAUAAUAGGUUCCCCUUAAGACUCCUUCUUCAGCUUGACCGUCUGACUCAAAUCCCAGACCUUUGGAGUGCAGUAGUGAAAUAUAAAACCCAGUCAAUCGCAAAAUCUACUCCACUUUGUUGUGACUCGCACAUGAGACAAAGUGGAGAUGAAAAAGUAUAGAAUUCCUCAGCCUAUUUGCACUGAUCCCGCUCAGUGUUGUGUUUGUUUUCUUUGUAACAUUGAUACUCUCAGGCGAGAGCUGGGAAGACUGAGUGAAAUGGAGGACUUGAACAAAGAAGCAGAAUUGAUUCAGGGGUGCUAAAAAGCAUUUGGGCAUGCAGGCAGGUGAUAAUAACCACAUUCUUAAGGAUCAUUUGGACGUGUCUUCACAAACAGCCCAAGGGACCAUUUUCUGGACCGCAGAUUGCCCUUCAUUGCCCCCCGGCAUAAUCAAAAAAUAAAAUGUGUGAUGCAUUAUUUAGGGCUGCAACUAAAGAUUAGUCGAUUAAAUACUGUUUUGAUUAACACUAGAAUUCCCAAGCCACUCAAAUGGCUCGACUCUAGUGGGGGGGCUCCGGUAGGGACACUUACCCCUGGGCAUUCUAGUGUUAAUCGUAUAAUCGGUUAGGCCUUAGACCAGGGGUCAGCAACCUUUACUAUGAUAAGAGCCAUUUUACCCUCUUGCUCACUAAAGAAAAAUACUCUUGCUAGUAUUGGAGAUAAACUUACAUAAAUGUAUGCGUAAAUGACUGUAAACUUGUAAAUCUGAUUUGUUUACUCUGGCGCAAACAAGUUCCCAUGUCAUAAAUUAUCUCAAAUUUAUUUUUUAGAAAUUCCAAAGUAUGUAUUUUUUUCCUCCAUGAGUACCUGUGUGAGCGAGAACUGAAUAGCAUCCUGUCUUCUCAUUAGUCGGUCCAUUGGUCCUAGUCUAGACGAAAGCGAUGAAAAAGUGUCCCCUCGUGCUUAAUUAUUAUUCAGGGAAUCAUUAUUAACUGAAAACCUCAAUAAAAAGCAGGUUUAGCCACCUAUGCUUGGUCCCUGCAGCCGCACCCGCUGCCUUCUGAAGUGUAGAUACAGCCGACUCCCUCUACUGUGCCCGGAGAGGAGAUCAUGUGAUAUCAGUGUGCACAAUGCCCGCAUAACACAUCAUGCGGAGUGUGACGCAGCCCUGCACACAACAAAAGUUCCUCCUGCACUAAAAGUGUUGCAUAAUGUCUGCAUCCUCCUAAGUCCGUCCUGAGGCGGUACUCAUCGCCAAAUUUUGCCCACACUAGCAAGUACAGCGGGUUGUAACAUAGAAUAAAAAGUGCUCGUCCCCCAAAUCAAUCAAUUCAAACUCGGGUGAGAUAUUUUUUGUGGCACGUUUUGCAGGAUGCAAAACUUAUAUCACUUUCACUAAGACAGAAAGUCUGACAGUGCUUAGCUUUUGUGUAAAUAACACUUAAUUAUUUUUUUUUCAAAUUAAAUUGUCCAGAAAUGGCCCACCAACCACUUUGGACACCCUCUUUCUAAGAAAUUGGAACGAGUGACAACAGCAAGACAAAUACUUCAGUACUUGAGCUCUUCCAAUGUAUUUUUCCUCACAGGAAAUGUGUACAAUCAGUCAACCAACCUGCCUGCGUGCCUCUGUGGAUUUCGGACAUGUGGAAGUCCUUUUAAAACUAUUUAUUUAUUUUAACAGAUGCGACCAAACAUUAAUACAUGGCAUGCAACCCCACACACUUCCUGCGCCAUUGUUCUCUUCCCAUGCUCCAAAUAACACCAAUUCCUACAAAAUCACUCCCAGAAGUCUUUUGUGUCACGCCACCAGCAAAUAUGCACGUACACAAAAGCUCACAGCGCAUUAAUUGUUGAAAUUAUACUGUACUCAAACUCAACUCAUACCCAAACUGCCUCCCAACUGGCUCAUGGUGGCCCCUAACGGUGACAAAAAUUGAGUUUGGCAGCAAGAAAAUUUCAAAAUGUUUAAAAUCUUUGUGUCAAACUAAAUCAAAGUGUCCACCAAGUGGAACCAAAUGUCGCAAACAAUCCGCCUAUUGGAACCCACUGGAACGUAAUGGCGCGAGCCAAGUUCCACCAAUGAUGCUAGGAGUCCAAUGGGCCGGCGCCAAUUUGUGCCAGUUCGCGCCAAUGCAAUUUGCUGUGGCGCCUAGUGUCAACAAUAAGGUGCCUAGUGGCACGCAGUGGCUCAAACUGCCUCCCAACUGGCUCAUGGUGGCCCCUAACGGUGACAAAAAUUGAGUUUGGCAGCAAGAAAAUUUCGAAAUGUUUAAAAUCUUUGUGUCAAAUCAAAUCAAAGUGUCCACCAAGUGCAACCAAAUGUCGCAAACAAUCUGCCUAUUGGAAUCCACUGGAACAUAAUAGCACGAGCCAAGUUGCACCAAUGAUGCUAGGAGUCCACUGGGCCGGCGCCAGUUUGUGCCAGUUUGUGCCAGUUCGCGCCAAUGCAAUUUGCUGUGGUGCCUAGUGUCUCCAAUAAGGUGCCUAGUGGCGCGCAGUGGCUCAAACUGCCUCCCAACUGGCUCAUGGGGCCCCUAACGGCGACAAAAAUUGAGUUUGGCAGCAAGAAAAUUUUGAAAUGUUUAAAAUCUAUGUGACAAAAAUCAAAUCAAAGUGUCCACCAAGUGGAACCAAAUGUCGCAAACAAUCCGCCUAUUGGAACCCACUGGAACGUAAUGGCGCGAGCCAAGUUCCACCAAUGAUGCUAGGAGUCCAAUGGGCCGGCGCCAAUUUGUGCCAGUUCGCGCCAAUGCAAUUUGCUGUGGCGCCUAGUGUCAACAAUAAGGUGCCUAGUGGCACGCAGUGGCUCAAACUGCCUCCCAACUGGCUCAUGGUGGCCCCUAACGGCGACAAAUAUUUAGUUUAGCGGCAAGAAAAUUUCGAAAUGUUUAAAAUCUUUGUGUCAAAUCAAGUCAAAGUGUCCACCAAGUGGAACCAAAUGUCGCAAACAAUCCGCCUAUUGGAAUCCACUGGAACGUAAUGGCGCGAGCCAAGUUGCACCAAUGAUGCUAGGAGUCCAAUGGGCCGACGGCAGUUGGUGCCAGUUUGUGCCAGUUCGCGCCAAUACAAUUUGCUGUGGCGCCAAUAAGGUGCCUAGUGGCGCGCAAUGGCUCAAACUGCCUCCCAACUGGCUCAUGGUGGCCCCUAACGGUGACAAAAAGUCCGCCAAGUGGAAUCCACUGGAACGUAAUGGCGUGAGCCAAGUUGCACCAAUGGGCCGGCACUGGCACUGGAACUAGCGUCGGCCCAUUGGACUCCUAGCAUUACCGCCAUUACAACGUUGCUUCUGUUGCUGCUAUGUUGUGUACUAUACUGUAUUUGUCCAUAAAUGAUCCUGUGGUCAAAGAGAGCUAAGUUUUCCUUUCCGCUUUCUCAUGCACUCCAGAUCAUUUUUGAAGUUUGAGGUAUAGACAGAGAAACCAUGCAGCGGGGAGAUUGUUGCUUCAUGUUUUGCUAUGAUGUGGAGACAGCUGUGCUGUCACGUUAUGGGUUCAACAAUGAGGUUGUCACCAUGGCCACCGUUUGUAUCCAAGACAUGUUGCUCAGCUAGCGUUAGCAUCAAACUGCUUCACCAUUAUAGUACACAUAAAAGGGCAUGCAUGAAAAUCCUGGAAUAUCAUCUCCCGCUUCCUCAUUACUUCAACUUUAACAGUCAUAUCAAAACAUUAGCUUUGGCAUGCGUUGGGAGUCACAGCUUGAUGCCGUGUUGUGAGCAGAUGAGAGCGUAGCUCACAAAGUAGAUUCACAGUUUGUUUAUUUCACUGUUCCUCACACACAAAACACGCCAACAAGUCAUGUCGCUCUCCUAACUCCCUGUUGACUUCCAAUGGGAAAAUACCACAUUCAACAACACAUUCCUGUGGGGGGUGGGGGCAAUUAGGGGUUCAUCAGGGCUCUGUUUUAGACCCCUCUAUCUUUAGCCAUUAGGUUAUGUUUACAUAAGACUUACAAGUAAUAGAAACCAUGCAGCCUGUGCUGCAUUUUUCUCGACUGAUUUAAAAAGUGUGCGCAAAGCAGCUUACGUUGUAAACCUGCCAACAUGUCUGAUGCAAUAACACGUUGUCCUAAUAAUAACCAGCCAUCUUUGCACUUGGUGUGUGUCUUUGUGUUUGUUUCAGCUUGUUGCUUGGCAGAAGUGCACAAUCCUCCUCCUUGGUCUUACAUUUGAUCAAAACAGAGAUAAAUUAAUGGCGACACAAUGUUGUUAUUUUUAUUGUCUCAUUUAUUGUUUUAAUUGAUGGUAUUUUUAGCUUCACAAAAGAGGCUUGGGUAUGUUUGUGUAUUUGCAUUAAUUCCCUAACAAACUAUCCACAACUUUUCAUUCAUUUCUCAGCCAGUGAUGCAUCAGUUUGACAUAACACUUGUUAUGGGAAACAAUGGACUUAUUAAUAUUCGUAAUGGUCAUUUAAAAGUUAAAAAAAAGUAAAUGCUGUUAAUAAUAUAUAUGUACAAAUGAGUGCUGUUAAUGUGGAUUAAUCUACCGUCAUUACUAAUCUGAUUAAAACACAAUCAACCCAUGUGUUGACUGAAAAUCCCUAAAACAUCUCUGGCUUUUCGGGCCAAUUUGUCCAAUUGGUGGGCAGGCUGCACAACCACUUCCACAAUACAGAAGAUGCUAAACAGUACGUUGGCUCCACUCUCAAUGGGACAUUUGAGUAAACAAAAACAGUUUCCAGCUUAAAAUACCACAUAAAUGGAACUCUGGGACUCUGCUAGCACUUUGGCUAAUGCAUCUCCCAGCCUAUGACAAGCCA